AUGAAGUUCACCCUGUCCUCAAUCGCUAUCCUCCUCGUCGGUGUUGCAUCCACGGCCCCGACUCUUAACGCCCGCGCUUUUGGUGAUGAUGCCAUCACCCUGAAGCAGGCAGACACCGGAAAAUUCGAGCCCGGCACGCCCGUUGUCGACGGCGCUCUCAAACUGAACGAGGGCGAGUCGUGCACUACUACUUCGACCAAGGGGGUUCUGGGUUGCGACGACGGCACCGGCGGCACCUUUAACAUCGUUAACGGAAAGCGCGAAGACGACUAA